CCUCUCUCAUCUUUUUAAGUGGGAGAACUUGUACAAUUGGUGGUGACUAAAUACUUUUUUGCCCCACUGUAUAUGUGAUGCAAUUAUUAUUAUACAGGAUUUAUAUAGCGCUUUACAAUAUAGCAAUGUACACUAUAUUGCCAAAAGUAUUGGCCCCGCCCUCCCAAUCAUUUGAUUCAGGUGUUCCAAUCCCCUCCCAAUCAUGUGAUUCAGGUGUUCCAAUCCCCUCCCAAUCAUGUGAUUCAGGCGCUCCAAUCCCCCCUCCAUGGAUACAGGUGUAUACAAUCAAGCCCCUAGGCAUG